CGGCCGCGGCCGGGGGGGGAGGAGGACACGGAGCUGAGGGACCUGCUGGUGCACACCCUGGACAGCAGCGGCGUCCUCAGCAGGAUCAAGGCUGAACUCCGAGCGGCAGUGUUUUUAGCACUAGAAGAGCAAGAAAAAAUAGAGAACAAAGCACCUCUGGUCAAUGAAAGCUUGACAAAGUUUUUAAGUACAAAAGAUGGUCAUCUGGCAGCUAGUCUUGUGGCAGAAUUUCUUCAGUUUUUCAAUCUUGACUUUACCUUGGCCGUCUUCCAGUCUGAAGCUAACACAGUGCAUGGUCUUGAAGCUCGAGAGGAUUUAGCCCAGAAUUUAGGAAUUAUUGAAGCGGAAGGUACCGGAGGUGGACCACUGUUGUUGGAAGUGAUCAGAAGGUGUCAACGAAAGAAGAGCUCUGCCAGUGGGGAAGGAGCGCCAGAUCCAACUGAUUUUCAUUCUCCACCAAAAUCACCAGAUGGAAAGACCAGUCCACUUACAGUGCCGAGUAAGAUACCAAGGUUUAAAGGACAUGGUAAACAGAAGAAAAGUGGGGAGAAGUCCGGUGAAAAGGCCUCGGAAACGAGUCAAAGUGAUAAGAGCGUGUCAUCAUCAGAAGCAAAGAGCAAGAGCAGUCUGCGUUUAUUAGCAAACGAAGCAAAGCUUGGCUCUUCGUUGAAAAACCUAUCUUUAGAUGCCAAAGAUAAAAGCGAUGCAUGUCCAGAUGAAGAUGAUGGAGAAGGAGAUUCUUUCUUUGACGAUCCCAUUCCAAAACUGGAGAAAACUUAUGGUUGGGCUUCUGAUAAAAGCAGUGAUGCUGAAGAUGCAGGUGUAGAAGAAACACGUAAUGAGCCAGAUGACAAGCCGAAGUUUCCAAAAAGGAAAAAUGAAUCCAAUAAACAUGUCGGAAGCCUAACAUCUCUUUCUAAUGCUCCUCCCUUAAAAAGUGGAUUGAACUCUCUGACUGGAGCAUCUAUCCUAAAGGAAUCUGAAAAUACAAGGAGAAGUACAGUUUUGAAAGACCUGAAAGUGGUCAGCGGCAAGAUUGGAAUCCCUCGUCUUGGUUUAAGAGCUGGAGAAGAAGAUGAGUACAUUGAUGAUUUUAGCAGUACCAGUCAUCGCUCAGAGAAAAGUGAAAUAAGUAUUGAUGAAGAAAUAGAAGAAGAGAUUUCCGUGGACAUAGAAGACAGUGAUAAACUUGAAGACUUCACACAGGACCUUACUCUGUCUCACCUCAGUGACGUUGCAGAUUAUCUGGAGGACGUUGCUUAAGCACGAGACAAAGGGAACUGUUCUAAUAAAGUGGACCGAAGACUUAAGUGGUUCCCGUUUUUCAGAUGAUCACUCUUGGCUCGAAUGUCUGCUCUCUAACUGUGCCUUGGGUUCCAAAAACCACUGCAGAUAGAUUAAAAAAAAUACAAUUUUACGUCUGAAAGGAAAGAGUUGGUUACAGCUUGAGCCUAAGUAAAGGAUUUGUGCUUCUUUACUGGUUAAAAUGCCCCUUUAACUCUGGAAGUCGGAUUUUCUCUGCAGAUUGUCCCCUGCCGGCAGCGGACACGUCAAAACUACCAAUGUUACAGGGAAUUCGAUAGAAGAAUUCGACUAAAGCUUCAGGCUUCUCACACAAGAUUACGGAUGUGAGCGCGUGCAUUCGAAUAUGGCUUUAUCACAUUUUUAAAAGCAAAGGCUCAACCCUAAAAAGCAGGGACAUUCGUUGGAUGUCAACUCUUUAUUAUCCUUUGGAAUUAGAGCAGUCGGUCUUUGGAGUGAUUCCGUAAGUCCACAGACACACCAGACAAGCCAAGUUUGUCGCGUAAGCUUUACAUUGAUAUUUCCUUCCUUUGGAAGGCUUAUUACACCAUUAAGGUUACCUUCAAUUACUCCUGUAAUUGUUCUUCUUUUUAAAAAAGUGACGGUGGUGCAACAAUUUUAACGCCUACAGAUCAUUGUCGUGAAAGGGUAUGACAGGCACACCUGUUGCUGCUGAUCCUGUAUCGAGACGUUAUUGAGAAUCUCAAAUCCAUAGAUUGAUUUUGAUCACCGUUGCAUUUUUCUAAAAAAAAAAAACUGAUGCUUUAAGAGAUAUUAAAGGACUAUAAACGAGACUGAAAAUGAAGCCUUCAGACAUCUAUUUUUUCAGAUUUGUAGUUUAUCUAUCUGAAUAUUUUUAAAGCCAAAUUGGGAAACGGCAUUAGUAAUUGUCUAAGACCAUUUAAGGUCUCUGCUUCAGACAGAAGCUUCUCCUGUACAUAUUUUCGGUAUAACUUAGAAGAACAGGGUCGAUAAUAAAUGCGGGCAGUCAUAUUUAAACUGUCAAGCAUGAAGCUGCUACGACAUAUGUAGACCAUUGACAAUUGUAAUGUAAUACUAAGCGGGUCUUUCAAAAUGUGCACUUUCAAAAGCACUGUAAGCAAGCUUAAUAUGUUCAGUUUUUGUGCUUUUCAUUUCAGUUGUUCUUGGCAUUUUGACAUCGCCUCUAUAGACGCAGCAUUUAAGGGGAAUUUGUUAGUUUCAUGAUAAGUGGCAGUUGAAGACAUUUAUUUUAAGGCAGUCUUUGUGCUCAUAUGAGGGCAAACCCAUCUGGCCGUCCACAGAGAGGGAGUUCUCCGAGGAGGUAAAGUAUCCAAGGACUUUGGUGUGCUAAUUCUUAGUAUAAAAUGACAUAAGCUUAAAGUCUCGAUGGCUUUCUCUGGCAUACUGAGCAUCAGUAAAAAAGAAAUUGGCUCUGAAAGCACAUUUACCACAAAUAACGUGAAUCCCUGUCGAAAAAUAGGCUCUUUCUAAUUUUUUGUAUUAGACACUACCAAGAGAACGAUGUGAAAAUAUUGAAGUGUGCGUCAUCUGUGAAGACGUGCACUUUCCUGUAAAAAAAAAUAAAAUGGCAAAUGCACUUAUUGUAAAAGGCAUUUAAUGAUAGGUGCAAACGCCAUAAAAUAAUGGGUGAAAAUGAAACUGUUUCUGAUCGGCCUGCCUGUAAAUUGUAUAAGAGAAUUUGGUUUUUUCAUGCUUGCCCAAGACAAAUGGAUUUCUGUGAAAUGUUUUUUAAAUUUCACUGCGGAUUGGGGACUUUUUUUAUAACCAUGUAGCGGUUUUUACAGCGUCAGCAAUGUGGCAUUUUCCUCCUCCCAGGGAGAUUCUGGAUUUUAGAUCGUGUUUCGGUGAUUAUGAGGGAAUAUGUCAAUUGUGGUCAUUUUCUGCAUUGCAGUAUCGUCCUUUAAUGGGAUCGUGCUUAGGAAUCUACGAUACCAAUGGUGUAAAUAAAGCUACAAUGUUGGAUGAAA